UGUGUGUGUGUGUGUGUGUGUGUGUGUGUGCAGCUAGUUAGUGUUCUUAUGCCUCCGCUUUAGAUAUUCUAUUUUCCAUUCCUUAAACGGUGUUGAGAGAGAGAGAUGGAGCUUAGCCAACAUGGUUUCUUAGAGGAACUGCUACUGGCUCCAAGAAGAGACAGUUGGAGCAGCUACUCCUCUGGAUUGAAUGAGUUAUUGCCCAUCAAUGGAUGGAGUUUCGAUUCUUUUGAAGAGAACCCAGUUCUGGUUUCCUCAAUUAAUCCUCAAUUUGUUGGAUUCUCCACCACACAACCAACCUUUGAAGAAUGCCCCUUCACCACCACCACUACUGCCUCCUCCUCCUCCUACCCUUUUGUAGUUGGUGGCCUCUGUGCAGUCCCAGAGAUUAAUGACACUACUACCCCUCCUCCAUUUCCACCACAAGAUCAUCGGGAUUACCCUUCAAUGGUGGAAGAUGAAGAGUUUGGUAAUUUUCUUGGGUGUGAAAACCACAGCAGCUGCUUGGAGUUGGAAGAAAGCAAGAACAAUAAUAUCAGUACUUGCAAAGUUGAGAUGGACCAGGAAGCAGCAGAUCAUCACUUUAUUCCUUCAGCUUUUACCAUGGGAUUGUGUGGUGAAAAGAGAAGCAGUAAGUCUAAGAAGUUAGAAGGGCAGCCUUCAAAGAAUCUUAUGGCAGAGAGAAGAAGAAGGAAGCGCUUGAAUGACCGCCUUUCCAUGCUCAGAUCAAUUGUCCCAAAGAUUAGCAAGAUGGACAGAACAUCUAUACUUGGAGACACAAUAGAUUAUAUGAAAGAGCUUUUGGAAAGGAUCAAUAAGUUGCAAGAAGGGGUUGAAGAGGGUACCAAUCAAAUCAGCUUAAUGGGCACCUCCAAGGACCUAAACCCCAGUGAGGUACUAGUCAGAAAUUCCCCCAAGUUUGAUGUGGAGAGGAGAGACAAAGAUACCAGGAUAGACAUAUGCUGUGCAAGCAAGCCAGGAUUGCUGCUGUCAACAGUGAACAGUAUAGAAGCAUUAGGGCUUGAGAUUCAACAGUGUGUUAUAAGUUGUUUCAAUGAUUUUUCAAUGCAAGCUUCAUGUUUUGAGGGAGCUGAGCAGAGAGAUUUAUUAAGUCCUCAGGACAUAAAGCAAGCAUUGUUCAGAAAUGCAGGAUAUGGAGGAAGAUGUUUGUAGGAAAAUAAGGGAUGCAAAUUGCAAAAAGAAAAAUGGUUUGCUUAGAAUUAAAGUGUGUAGCUAGGAGAGAGAUGGAUUUUGACAUGACUCCAUGAGAUUUUCCAAAUAAUAUUGUCUACUUUCUAAUAAUUGUGCAUGUAUUAGAUGAUCCAUCUUGCAGCCUAUUCAGUAUUAUCACUCGGAUUUAGGUACAUAUAUACCGACAUCUGUAUACCAUACACCGACUUCUGUGGUGGUUGAUCUUUUGAUUGUUGUAUCAUUGGCCGCACAUCUAAAGCUCUAUUCAUCAUA